AGUAACAGAGGGGAUGUGUUUCUCUGCAGGCUGAUGAAGUGCAGCACUGAUUGUCUUUGCUCAAAAUAAGACAUCAAAGUGAGGAGAGUGAAGGAAACUAAACAAUGGUGGCAUUGACGUCAUGUUUUGAUGCGAUGCCACAUCCUCCCUACCAGAAUGGCACGACUCAGAACUGCAGUAGAAAGAUGAAAACCAAUGUUCCCAGAAAUGUUGAGUCGAAGGCAUUUUACCUGUGGAAGGAAAGCCAGUCCAUACAAAGGUCUUCAGAUUUGGAUCAGAGGAGUUUAAGAUCUGCUGUGUUUUCCAGGUGUGUUUAUCUGGGAUGUGCAGGCCAGGUGGCAGGAGGGGUUUCAGCCCCGAAGACACUACCACUGCUGAGAGACUGCACAAGCUUCCACUGAUGGACACAUAUUCUUAUAGAGACACCUGCAUACAAGCUGCUUGAAAGACAGAACUGACCAGCUGACAACUGAGACUGAACGCUGUCUGAGGACCAGCUGAGUCCUGAAUAUCAGGUCCAGAGAUCACACCUUUCCCUUUCUCCCUCUUCAGUGAACUGGUAUUUGAUACUCCAUCCCUCAAAUAUUUCUGCCACCCUUCCCUCCCUCUUUCCAUUUAGUCAACUGAGAGUGGGAUUAACACUGAAAAGCUAGAAGUGGAGAGCAGGUAAUGGAUGAUGCUGGCCAUGGUGACCUAGUGUAAAUGGCUAUUCCUCAGCACAGCACAGUGCCAGUAUCUACUGUUCGGUUUUCCUCCUCCACUCCCCCCUCCUCUCACCCCUCCUCCACCUCUCUGCUCUCCUUCCCUGCUCACCGCUGCUGCUUGCUGCCCAAUCCUGCCUCUCCCCUCCACCACCAUGGUAGGUGCAGGCUUGGGUGUGUGGAAGCUAAUGCGAGGUGUCCGCCAGCUGGAGCUUCACCGCCUCAUCCUGGCACUCAUCAUCUUCUGCUUGCUGUCCAUGGCCUUCCUAGCUUACUAUGUCUCCAACAGCCCCAAGAUUAAGGAGGCUCCCCCUCUGCCCUUCAGUGACUGUGGUGGAGGAGGAGGGAUGUCACAGGGAGCAAGUACUGGGGCCGCAGGUGGAGGGCCAGGUGUCCAGAGGGCACCGCUUUUCCUUCCACCACGCCAGGGCCGACUGCGACAGGUAAAGUCAGUAGACAAUUCCAGGACAGAGCCUGUAGUUCUGGUGUUUGUAGAGAGCAUCUACUCCCAGCUGGGCCAGGAGAUUGUAGCUAUAUUAGAGUCUAGCCGCUUCCGCUACCGGACAGAAAUAGCUCCGGGUAAAGGCGACAUGCCCACAUUGACGGAGCGUAACCGUGGACGCUAUACACUGAUCAUCUAUGAAAAUGUGUUGAAAUAUGUCAACCUGGACGCAUGGAACCGUGACUUGCUGGAUAAAUACUGUGCUGAGUAUGGAGUAGGUGUCAUUGGCUUCUUCAAAGCUAAUGAAAACUCUCUUCUCAGUGCACAGCUCAAAGGUUUCCCCCUCUUUCUGCACUCACACCUGGGACUCAGGGACUACCGCAUCAACCCCAAUGCUCCCCUCCUCUACAUCACUAAGCCCAACCAGGUGGAGCAGGGCUCUUUACCAGGGGAUGACUGGACCAUUUUCCAGUCCAACCACUCUACCUAUGAACCAGUGCUUCUGGCCAGCACCAAGUCCUAUGAGGCACUGGCACAUGUUGGAUCCAGCCCCCUGCGGGCUCUACAUGCCACAGUGGUCCAGGACUUAGGGCUCCACGAUGGCAUUCAGAGAGUUCUGUUUGGGAACAACCUGAACUACUGGCUUCACAAGCUGGUGUUUGUAGAUGCCAUUGCCUACCUGACAGGGAAGAGACUGUGUCUGUCCUUGGACCGCCACAUCCUGGUGGACGUGGAUGAUAUAUUCGUUGGCAAGGAGGGAACUCGUAUGAAGGUGUCAGACGUAGAGGCGUUGCUCAACACUCAAAGCAAGCUGAGAGCACUGGUCCCUAAUUUCACCUUCAACUUGGGAUUUUCUGGAAAGUUCUAUCACACAGGCACCGAUGAAGAGGAUCGGGGAGAUGACAUGCUGCUGCAACAUAGGAUGGACUUUUGGUGGUUUCCUCACAUGUGGAGCCACAUGCAGCCUCACCUCUUUCACAAUGUCAGUGUCCUGGCUGAGCAGAUGAGACUCAACAAGAUCUUUGCUCAGGAGCACGGCAUCCCAACAGAUAUGGGCUAUGCAGUGGCUCCACACCACUCCGGGGUUUACCCGGUUCACAGCCAGCUCUACGAGGCCUGGAAGUCUGUGUGGAACAUCAAAGUGACCAGCACUGAGGAAUACCCUCAUCUGCGGCCAGCUCGAUACCGCCGUGGCUUCAUCCACAAUGGGAUCCAGGUGUUGCCCAGACAGACCUGUGGUCUCUUCACUCACACAAUCUUCUAUAAUGAAUACCCAGGAGGCUCAAAAGAGCUGGACAAGAGCAUCAGAGGAGGAGAACUCUUCCUCACUGUCCUCCUAAACCCUAUCAGUAUCUUCAUGACCCACCUGUCUAACUAUGGCAACGACCGUCUGGGUCUGUACACCUUUGAGUCUUUGGUUAAAUUUGUCCAGUGUUGGACCAACCUCAGGCUGCAGACCCUGCCCCCUGUCCACCUUGCUGAGAAAUACUUUCAGAUCUUCCCUGAGGAGAGAGACCCACUCUGGCAGAACCCUUGUCAUGACAAAAGACACAAAGAUAUUUGGUCUAAAGAAAAGACCUGUGACCGACUCCCCAAGUUCCUGGUCAUUGGACCCCAGAAAACAGGCACCACAGCGCUUCAUUCAUUCCUGAGCCUUCACCCAGCCAUCACCAGCUCCUUCCCCAGUCCCACCACCUUCGAGGAGAUCCAGUUCUUCAGUGGAGCAAACUACGACAAUGGGAUUGACUGGUACAUGGACUUCUUCCCAUUCCCUUCCAAUGUCAGCACAGAUUUUAUGUUUGAGAAGAGUGCCAACUACUUUGACACAGAAGUAGCACCCAAGAGAGCUGCUGCCCUGCUACCCAGAGCCAAAAUCCUUGCGGUGCUCAUCAACCCGUCUGACAGGGCCUAUUCCUGGUACCAGCACCAGAGGGCCCACCAGGACCCUGCAGCCCUUAACAACACUUUCCAUGCAGUGGUGACAGCAGGCCCCUCGGCCCCCAAGGACAUACUGGCCCUCCAGAGACGCUGCCUUAACCCCGGGUCCUAUGCUGCUCACCUUGAACGAUGGCUGCAACACUACCAGCCUAGCCAGUUGCACAUUGUGGACGGGGCCCUGCUGCGGUCCAACCCAACGCUGGUGAUGGAGGGAAUCCAGAGAUUCCUCGGCGUCACUCCGAUCUUCAACUACACCCAGGCUCUAAUGUAUGAUGACAGCAAAGGUUUCUGGUGUCAGCGGGCGGAAGGAGGUCGAGCCAAGUGUCUGGGGAAGAGUAAAGGCAGGAAGUACCCAGAGAUGAGUCCUGAGUCACGUGCCUUUCUGGCUGAGUAUUACCAUGAGCACAACAUGGAGCUGCUGCACCUGCUCAACCGGUUGGGACAACCGCUGCCGUCCUGGCUCCGCCAAGAACUCCAGAGCACCAGCUGGAGCUGAGGUCACAACCGCCUACACAGACACAGCACAGAAAAGCCGGAACUGUAGUCUGUGGACGAGCCAACACUCGGCUCUGGAUUAGACUGGACUACCCUGAUCUAGAAUGAACAGCACCACACAUGAGAAGAGCUUUGAAGUUUUAGCUGUAGUGACUGGUGCUCCUGUGCCGUGGCAAACCCAAGACAACAGUGCAACAUGAGAUCUUUGUCAGUGUUGCUCACUGUUGGAGAAGGAUCUCAGCGGACUCUCCCUCCUAUUUCUGAUUAGUUGCACUGGACAGCCUCAGUCUGUGUGUGGACAGAGAGCUGACACUGUAUACAUCAGUUUGCUGUGGAUCCAGAGGACGGGGCCAAUAGCCAGUUUGAGACAUUAAGUACAGCUCAGACAGCCUUAAUGUGAGGAGAGAAACUCACAGGAUGAGACCCUGUGGAUGGUGAGUGUAUGACUUGAGACAGUACAGGAUUAACUCCCCCACACGAACACACACACACACACACACACACACACACACGUCUCAUGUCUUCAGAAGAAUGAUUGUAAAGCAGUUCAUUUUACAAAGUGGUUGUAUAUGACAGGGUUGGGGGGCAGGUGGGAAACAGAAUGGACAGCAGCUUAAAUCAGACACACACACAGUCCAUAUCCUGGUCUCACACACACACACACCUACCUGCAGGUCAUGGUAACAGUCAGGGUGCUGCUUUUCUCCUCAGUUUUCCAGUCUUACUGUAGUGACAGACAUAAAUUGAUUUAGCAGGUACAGUAUGAAGACAGGUCAGUGUAAAUAUCAUUUGCUUAGAUUUGACACACAACUAAAACCAAACUCUGGUCCAGGCUGUGUCUCACACCUCAGUCCUGUGAGGGACUCAGUCAGCAGCUUUAUCAUUCAGUGUUUAUUCACUGAGGUAAAGAUGGCUCCAUUCUCCACCUGUUUAUCCAAGAUUGUGUCCUUACUUUUUUAUCCACAUAGCAUUAUUUUUGAAAAGAAACCCUGUUUGGACACAACAGAAAAGAUUCUAUUGUAGGUAUUCUUAGUUAAAGUGUGAUUUUGAAUGAAGUUCUAUUCAUGGGCCAAACGUCAGCUCAGUUCAGCUCAGCUCUUAAUAAUGCAGUGAGUGAUGGAUUGGCUGUAUUGGGUAGCCCGUGUUCUUCCUGCCAAAACAGUUAGCACAGUUUUGUUUCCUAAACAUCACUGAUCCAGUUUGUAACUGUGUGCAGCUUCCAGUCCUAAACAGAGAUAUUCCUGAUCAUCAUUAUGACAUCGUCAGGGUGAUUUUGUCAGACUCAGUUGUAACCAUGAUGAGUAAAUGGACAUUAUCAUGUUCCUUUUUUAAAUGAACAGAUGCACAGAGUGAACUUUACCAACACAGUAGUGAUAAUGUUAUUACGUCUAAAAUGUGCAUUUUAUUUAUUUUAUCAGUCAAAAACUGUUUUCACCAUGUUGAUAGUGAUAAAUGGUUGAACAGCUGUUCACACUAAUCCUGACAUACUGCAUCACCAGGCAAAGGUCUGGACCAGAGCUUUUUAAAACGUAAUGUUUGAUGUGUGUGAAUGAGGCAGGGGGAUUAAGCACAGCAGUCAGUAACAGCGCCACACCCUGAAAAAAAAAGCUCAAGUGUCAGAUAUCUUCCACAAAGCCCAACACAGAAUAGUAAACGCACAGCACCUGACACACUCACACUCUCCAUCUGAGGACAGGAACACAGACGUCACCGGACAAGCAGGCAGACUACAGAGCUCGUACGGAGACCAAUCAGACGCUGCUGUCUUGUUGUUUUCUGUUUGUUUUGUAUAAAUGUCAAAAAGGCCAACACUGUAUUAUCUCUAAUAAACACAUAGAGACGUUGGAAAUAAU